AUGCGUUGUAGUAGACGAUUCCUUUGCGCAAAGGUAACAGAACUACUCUAUGAUGGUGAGUGCCAACUCACACGCGUAAAAGGCGAACGCGUUGGUCUUCUUUCACUUAACCGCCCUGCACGUCGAAAUUCCAUUGGUCGCACACUAUUACAAGAACUACACGAUAGGAUUGAAUAUUGCAGUAACCCUGCGAAUGAAAUUCGUUGUCUCGUGCUGGCGAGCAGCGUAACUGGUGUGUUUUGCGCUGGUUCCGAUCUGAAAGAACGUCGCAGUAUGUCUGUUGACGAAUCACGGAUCUUUGUACAGAGACUGCGUGAUACCUUUAAUGAACUAGAGGAUUUGUCUAUUCCAACUAUCGCUGCCAUUGAAGGUAAAGCACUAGGCGGGGGAUGUGAACUAGCAUUAUGUGCCGAUAUACGUGUGGCUGGUGCGGAUGCGGUGUUUGGAUUGCCGGAAACGAGUCUUGCCAUUAUUCCUGGCGCUGGUGGGACCUAUCGUGUGCCGCGGGUGAUGGGCUACAGUCGUGCCUUGGAGUUAAUUCUCACCGCAGAGUCUAUCAACGCCGCUCGGGCUUUACAGUGUGGACUUGUGAAUGAAGUGACUCCCGCUGGUGCGGCGGUGGAGGCCGCAUUGCGAAUGGCACAACGAAUAGCGUCUAAUGGGCCAAUAGCCGUUGCGGCCGCGAAGGCGGCGGUGCGUGGGGGAUAUGGACAAACACGGGAUGUGGGAAUGGCAGCGGAGGCGAGGCAGUAUGAUGUGGUACUGCAGACACAAGACCGACUGGAAGGAUUGCGGGCUUUUGCAGAGAAACGACCACCCCAAUAUGAAGGAAAGUGA